AUGGCUCGCCUCAUAUUGUUUCUGCUGGCCUUCUCCUUGACCGCCCUGUCGAUGCCUACUCGCUGGUCUGCGGACGAAGCCAAGUUCUACUCCAGCAUCAGUAAGGAAAUCCAAAACAUUCGUAAACAUGGCAACGAUAUCCGACGCCCGGGAUGCGAACUUUCCGAUUUGAAGCUUCCCCAAAGCUCGAAACCGCUGCCCAAUAUCCCCGGAGGGCAGAAGCUGCUUGCUGUGGCUGUGGGCCGAGGCACCCAGAACUACACGUGCGAAUCGGAAUCUGAAAAACCUACCCCACGGGGUGCGCUUGCAACUCUUUUCGACGCUUCUUGCAUCGCGGCUAAUUAUCCCCAACUUCUUGCCUCUCUCACAAAUGCCGCCCUUCACCUUCAACAGCCAGAGCCGUUUUCGAACGCCCCUGGCGCGGCCCGAAUGCCCGUGAUGGGCCAUCAUUUCUUCAGUAAUGGCACUACCGCUGUGUUCGAAGCCGCCAAUAUGGGCGCAUCCUCGGUCAUCAAAAUAGAGGCAGUAGACGCCCCUCAGAAUUCAUUGCCAGGGGUAUGUGGACAGCUCGAUGGUGCUGUCCCGUGGCUGUUUCUCGAGUCCAUCCCGGAGAGCACCGGCAAGGCGAAAUCCAUUUAUCGAGUGAACACGGCAGGAGGAAGUCCCCCAAAAUAUUGUACUGGUCAGCCCAAGGAGAUCACGGUGCAGUAUUCAGCAGAGUAUUGGUUUUAUGGUUGA